AUGGACAGUGGCGUGACUGUGAUCACCAAUUCCACGGUGUCAGUUCGUUCGAGGUGAAUAAACGAUACAACAGGGGAAUCACCAUCGCCGAAUUCAAGGUAGCUAAAUUAUGUUGGUAAUUUGGUCUUCGUGCCUCUGAAACGUAAUAAUGUAUUGCCACUCUGUCUGCUGCCAUUGCAGCACAGCCUGUGGCCAUGUGAUAGUUUCUUAGUCUACGUUUUCCUCCAGGGUAAAUUGGAGAUGGUUGUGGGUACCCCGGCCUCCAGCAUGGAACUGCAGCUUUUCAGCACCACUGAUAAGUUCAUGCAGAAACUGGACGACAACGAGGCCCUGCUAGGUUCCUACCCUGUGGAUGAUGACUGCAAAAUUCAUGUAUGUACUUCUGUGCUCCAAAACACUGCUCACAUGACACCCACAGGGUAUGUCCCCUGUUUACUGUUGUUCACGUGUAAGAUGGGACCUACUGUUGGAUCUGUUGAUAGGGUCUCUUAACCCAGGGGUUCCCAAACCUUUUCCCCUUCCACCAUUGGGGAACAUCCCACGCACGCCACAUAUAUUUCUAUGGGCACAAGCACUAUUCAUUACACACGGUUCACACUCCUCUUGUUGGUGGAGAGAAUUUUGCAGGUUUAAAGCUUAUUUGACACAUUUUGUCAUGGGGUGCAAAUAAAAUUGUUUUAAAGCUAAUUUUCUUGCAAUUCUAUACAUUUAGCCAUGUCUGUGUAUUCAUGUGAUAUUUGAGUGACCAAAAAUUUACAACAAUAUCUAUGGGCUAUAAAACCUAAAUAAAAAAACAUUAGCUGAUAUGGGCUACUUGAUCUGGAAAUUUCUGACAAGUUAUAAAUAGCUCUCUAAGGUAUGCAAUGACUAACAUGACAAGAAGAACUGCUGAUGCACUACCCAAUUUCGAAAUUGCACCUUGUGCAUUCUACUAUUACAACUUUCAAGAGUAUGUUUAAAGCCAGACUGAGACCCCCCCCCCCCCCCCCACCGCCGACCCCUCACACCCCCAAAAGCGAUUUCAACACUCACAAGAUUGCUGACCACAGUAUGACUUUGCUAGCUUGAGUGCCAACCUCUUUCUGCAUUCAACAAGGUUAUAUUGUUACCUUGCCAUACUUGUCUUAUUUGGCUAGACGAAGACCAGUUGGCUAAAAGCAGAAUCUGACUGGCACCUGUAUGAUGACUGAGCCAUUCUGUAAUUUCUCAUUCAAUAUGCUGAGUCAGGAUGAUGGUGAAUUCUGUGUGCUUAGGUGAUCGACCGCAGUGGAGCCCAGAGCGGAGAGUUCAGUGAUGUCUAAAGUGGAGAAAAUCGAGAUUCCCGACGAGGUCUAUGAGGAGGACAGGUACUGUGAGCUUGCAUUAUCGUCCGUCAUUCACAGCUAAAGCGUAUGCCUACAUUCCUUCACGUCUGUAUUUGAGGAAUUUGAAAUUGAGUCAGAGGCAGUGAAGAAAGGACUUGUUGAAAGCCACUUACCACUUGCGAGUGCCACAACAGAGAACUAGUGAUACUUAGCACAACUGCUCUCAUCUACAUCCUGUUACCUUUCAGUUUGAGGUUACAUGGCAAAACUUUCCCUCUGCACGUUACGUAAUGAUUGAGCGAAAAACUAUUACCAUUGUAAUACAGGGAUUUCAUAGUGGAUUGUCCAGACUCUUUAAGGUCAUUCAGGAAGAAGCAACAUGCUGGUUGCUUCAAUGAAGAAGAAACUGCUAAAAAGGAGGCGGAGCUUGCAGCUUGUGAUGCAGAGGAGGCUGCCGCCAUCGCCGUCGGCAACCACUGCCAAGUGGUGGUUGUUGGGCUACCCACCACGAUUGGCACUGUUAUGUAUGUUGGUGAGUGAGGUUGAAGCUUGUGCCUAUUUUCCACAACAGGAUUUAGGCUUGUCCAUGGAUUAUCAGUCUGACCGAAGUUGCCCUAAAAAAGACGUGAGGAUCUCUACAAGCCAGAAUGUUGAAUACAAUUUUCCCACUUACUUUACCGAUUGUACAUGCUGUUGGUCCUUUUGGCGGUAGGAGGUAACCACAGGCAAGUUAUGUUUUUUUUUACCAGACUUAAUCCAGCGCCGAUAGAUUCUGUCACUUAUAUUUUCAAUCUCUUCAUGCAUUGCACGUGAUGCACAAUAUGUCAACAAUGGCCGAAGGUAGUUGACGGAUGCCCGUUUCCUCGCAAUCAGCUGUUGUUCGGUUAGGCUCGGCCAUAUUGCGCAAGUGUUUCACAUGCUAAUUGCAUCAGUAUUGAAAAUAAAAGUUUUGUUUUAUCCCCUCUCAGCCACAGAUUCUAGGUUUUACUACCUUUAUGAAAAACCAAGCCAAUGCCAUAUACAGUGUAUUCAGACCCCUUGACUUUUUCCACAUUUUGUUACGUUACAGCCUUAUUCUAAAAUGGAUUAAAACAUUUCCCCCCCCUCAUCAAUCUACACACAAUACCCCAUAAUGAAAUGUUUGCAAAUGUAUUACAAAUCAAAAACUGAAUGACAUUUACGUAAGUAUUCAGACCCUUCACCCAGUACAUUCUUGAAGCACCUUUGGCAGUGAUUACAGCCUCAAGUCUUCUUUGGUAUGACACUACAAGCUUGGCACACCUGUAUUUGGGGAGUUUCUCCCAUUCUUCUAUGCAGAUCCUCUCAAGCUCUGUCAGGUUGGAUGGGGAGCGUUGCUGCACAGCUAUUUUGAGGUCUCUCCAGAGAUGUUCGAUUGGGUUCAAGUCCAGGCUGGGCCACUCAAGGACAUUCAGAGACUUGUCCUGAAGCCACUCCUGUGUUGUCUUGGCUGUGUGCUUAGGGUUGUUAUCUUGUUGGAAGGUGAACCUUCGCCCCAGUCUGAGGUCCUGAGCACUCUGGAGCAGGUUUUCAUCAAGGAUCACUGUACUUUCCUCCGUUCAUCUUUCCCUCGAUCCUGACUAGUCUCCCAGUCCCUGCCGCUGAAAAACAUAUUGUUUCUCAUGGUCUGAGAGUCCUUUAAGUGCCUUUUGGCAAACUCCAAGCUGGCUGUCAUGUGCCUUUUUACUGAGGAGUGGCUUCCGUCUGGACACUCUACCAUAAAGGCCUGAUUGGUGGAGUGCUGCAGAGAUGGUUGUCCUUCUGGGAGGUUCUCCCAUCGCCACAGAGGAACUCUGGAGCUCUGUCAGAGUGUCCAUCGGGUUCUUGGUCACCUCCCUGACCAAGGUCCUUCUCCCCCGAUUGCUCAGUUUGGCUGGGUGGCCAGAUCUAGGAAGAGUGUUGGUGCUUCCAAACUUCUUCCAUUUAAGAAUGAUGGAGGCCACUGUGUUCUUGGGGACCUUCAAUGCUGCAGAAAUGUUUUGGUAACCUUCCCCAGAUCUGAGCCUCGACACAAUCCUGUCUCGGAGCUCUACGGACAAUUCCUUGGACCUCAUGGCUUGGUUUUUGCUCUGACAUGCACUGUCAACUGUGGGAACUUAUAUAGACAGGUGUGUGCCUUUCCAAAUCAUGUCCAAUCAAUCAGUGGCGGCUCCUGAAAAAAUUCUCAGGAGGGGCAAUUUUUCUGAUGAUUUAGGUGACCUACACACAUUUUAAAAAAGAUAUGUCCAGCAACAACAUGAAGACAGGGGCAGCAUAUAAGUCAAUACCAGAAGCAUUUAUUGACUGAUCUCAAAAGUGUUGGCUUACAAAAUCAAAAUAAGUUAUCACAGUAAAAAUAAUCAAGGGUGUUCUUUCACAUUCCUCAACACUGCAUAAACAAUAUGCAUUUCCAUAAACAAAUGAAAUAAGAAUGAAAACAGAAUUUGAAAGUAAUUUCUAGAAAAGGUAAACACAGCUAUCUGUAUGGCUUUGUAAAAAUGAACAACCAUAUUCUGGCCAAUUGUAUAGAUUUGUAAAUAUGAACAACCAUAUUCUGGCCAAUUGUAUAGAUUUGUAAAAAUGAACAUGAACAGAUUUUUAUUUUUAUUACUUUUUUUAAAAUGAAAAAAAACUAUUUUAAACAACAUCAACUGUGAACUGAUUUGGGCGUGUGUGUGUUAAAGAGACAGACAGGGAGGGACAAAGAGAGAGAGAGGCUACAUUACUUGUACUGAAACUGUUCUCUUCUCUGUUUCAAUACAGCAAAGCGUUCAAUGACUUUCUCAUUGAAAUCAGGCAUGCUGAGGACUAGUUCCCUCUCCAUGGAAAGCAUGGCCAGUGCAUUCAGACGUUCCUGGCCCAUUGAAUUUCGCAGGAAUGUCUUAACUCGUGUCAAAGUUGAGAAACAUCUCUCAGCUUCAGCUGUUGUCAUGGGAGUAGUUAUGAGGAUGUUCAACAGAGUCACAGUCUCAGAGAACGUCUCCUGGAGGUUGUAGCUCAUGAGAACCUGGUACAGUGCCAGUGCACCACAGCCUCCCUUGAAUUCAGGAUUCUCAUAGAUCAGAGAUAGUUCUGUCUUGAGCUUUGCCUUGCUCAGCAUGGGGUAUGCAUUCACAGUGGCAUUCAGAGCCUCAUCAGGAAAUGAAUGGCAGUACCUUUCAAACAUGUCUGCUUGCAGUAAGGUAGCACUCACAAGGUGGCCAGAGAAAGAGAACCUUUCUUUGGUGUGAUCCAGGAUGGUGUUGCAGACCUCUUCAGACAGCCUCUGCUUCUCCUCUUCUCUCAAAGCUGUUCUGGGUCUUUUGGCUCCUGUUGCUUCUUGCAGCUGCUGUUGAGAGGAGUCCCUGAAGGCAAACAGACCAAUGUGUUUGUUGGCUUUGUACAGUAUUGUUGUCUAUGUGAUGCACAGGUAUAUGCAAUGUAUCCAUGUAUAGUACAAAUACUUAAGUUCCACUUAAAAUGGGCAGGGAUGCAUAAAGUCUUUAGUGUUUAAGUUAGCCUUUGUGUCUCACAUAGCCUGGAUGUUCAGCACAGUAUACAGUGGUGCUCAUAAGCUUAUGAUCCCAUGCUAAAGUUGACUAAAAAGAGGAAUAAAAAAGAAAAUAAAAUUGGUGUCCUUAAAGGUUGGAUUUUCCAACUUUUUUAAUUAAGUCAUUAAGAUCAAUUUCCAAAAGAUGAUUUUUUUAUUUUUUUAUUCCUCUUUUUAGUCAACUUUAGCAUGGGAUCAUAAGCUUAUGAGCACCACUGCACAGUACACAUAGUAUAUAAAAUAAGAUAGAUUACACCACUGGCCAUAUAUAAUGAGAAUAAUGUGAUUUCAAACACAAAUGCAGUCUCCUUUCAUGCAUACAUUUUCAAAUAAAGCUCUGCUUUGAGAAAGAUCGAAUGAUAUUGUUUAAUCUUACCUUAUGGCCUGCACACUGCUUGUGAAGCUGUCGAGGGCACGUUUGAUAAAGACAGCAUCGAUGUCCUUCUUCUGUAGCUUCUGGUACAGAAUGUCGACGUGGGGCAUGAUUUUGUGAAAAAGCCGCAGGAAAAAAAUAAAAUCUUCAUCAUGUAGCAUCCUCACGUAACCAGAUGCCUCUCUCACAGUAAGCUGGUCAAAUGAACCCAAUGAACCCGUCCGGAUGGCUUCAAAACAUUCUAUGAGGUCGUCUCGAUUCUCGUAGACAGUGUUCACGACUCUGCUGUUGAAGUUCCACCGUGUGGAUGAAGGUCUGGGCAGUCUUCGUGCAACAGUCUGGUCAAGAAUGCUGGUGCGUUUGGGUGACCGGGAAAAAAACGUUGUAAUCCCGCUCAGAUCGGAAAAGAAAAUGUUCACUUUUUUGAUGCGAGAAGUAGCUUGAUGCAUGAUCAAAUUCAGCUGAUGCGCAUAGCAAUGCACGUAAUGGGCAUUCUUGAAAUGCUCACGCACCUUCUGCUGCACACCUGCCUUCUCUCCCCUCAUCACACUGGCUCCAUCGUAAGCUUGCGCAAUGAGUUUGACUUUCUCGUCAUCGGCAAAAAGACCGUUCAGUCUCUCCAAAAGUACACUGGCGAUUGAGGCUGAGGUUGAUUCCGAGAUGGAACUCAAAAAAGCGCUCCUGCACUUUGUGCUUGCUAUCUAUGUACCUCAGCACAAGCACCAACUGUGUCUGCGUAGAAACAUCCGUGGUCUCGUCAGCUUGGAUAGCUACGAAGUUCGCAGACUUCACCUCCUCCACAAUAUGUUCCCUCGUGACCGCUAGCAUACACUCCAGUAGCUCGUUUUGAAUGGUCUUUGAUGUGCCCUUGAAAACUUUAGCAUUUUUAAGAUGGUCAUCAAACACCUCAUCUAAUUGUGCCACAAAGUUGACAAGUCCAAGAAAAAUACCAGGGUUGGUGGAGCCCUCAGUUUCAUCUUUGCCUCGCAAAGCUAACUCAAACACUCCGCAAAACUUAACACACUGGAUUAGCCGGCUGAGGAUAUGGCGGUUCUUGCUAACCUCAUCGUUGUGGCGGCGGACAGCUAGCCUGUAUCCCUCAUCCAGUUGAGUGGCAAUAUUCACUCUUCCCAAAGAUGACAAUCUCAAACAGCUAUCCAUGUGGGUCUUUGACAGCUCAUGUUUCUUUAUCUUUUCUGAAAGAUGGUGCAUGUCGGUUACACCAGUCGCUGUCCAAGCGGUGCUGUCUGCUGUGCCGCCUUCAGGGUGGAAGAGUAAGCAGGGGUAGCAAAAAACUGCAUUAGCUACAUCGCAGCCUGCUAGCCAGGUUUUCCGUUCAUACCAAUUUUUGGAAAAUCCUCGGGUGUAGGACUUUCCCCCUUUAGUAGACACCUGUUGAAUUAUUAAAUUUGGUCUGGGAGGUCCUAAUUGUUUCGUUGCCAAUUUAUCUUCAUUUGUUCGCCGACAAAAAGGAACUUAUUUCAAAGACACAAUCGAGUUGGACUGAAGCCUAGCCAUUUUGAUAGUAGUAGUGAAUUGAUUGAGGCUGCUACCUGGUCUUUUCUUAGUUACGUUCAUUCGUGGUUACGUUAUGUAUGACGAAAGCGCGUAAGUGCAUGCCCACAGACACCCAUAGAGAAUGUAUUGAAAGCUUUGAAAUGUGAAAAAAAUAGAUUUUACAUGGGAGUCUAUGACAGACUUCUGGGCGAUGUUCAACCUGACUGAAAUCGCCCAAAAAACGGGCGGGGCCAUUUGAAGCACGACUUUAGCCUGAUUUGACAUUUAGUGGCUGGCAGAUCAGACGUGAACACUGAUAACUGCUGUUGCCGUGAUAUAAUUUUUUAUAAAUUUAUUAAAAAAAAUUAUAAUUUUUUAUUUUUUUAUUUUUUAUAAUUGAUUAGAAAAAAAAUCCCUUCCUUUUCCCGUUUGGCAGUGCGUCGCCCAUAUCGCCCUAUUGAACAAGCCGUCCCUGCAAUCAAUAGAAUUUACCACAGGUGGACUCCAAUCAAGUUGGAAAAACAUCUCAAGGAUGAUCAAUGGAAACAGGAUGCAUCUGAGCUCAAGUUUCAGUCUCAUAGCAAAGGGUAUGAAUACUUAAUAAAUAAGGUAUUUCUGUUUUUUAUUUUUUUAAAUACAUUUGCAAACAUUUCUACGCCUGUUUUCGCUUUGUCAUUAUAGGGUAUUGUGUGUAGAUUGAUGAAUUUAAUCAAUGUUAGAAUAAGGCUGUAAAGUAACAAAAUGUGGAAAAAGGGAAUGGGUCUGAAUACUUUCCGAAUGCACUUCAGAAAGUAUUCACACCCCUUUACUUUUUCAAAAUGUUGUUACAGCCUGAAUUUAAAAUGGAUUAAAUUUAGAGUUUUUUUGCCACUGGCCUACACACAAUACCCUAUAAUGUCAAAGUGGAAUUGUUUUUUUAAAUACAUUUGUACUAAUUAAUAAAAAAUGAAAAGCUGAAAUGUCUUUAGUCAAUAAGUGUUCAUCUCCUUUGUUAGGGAAGCCUAAAUAUGUUCAGGAGUAAAAAUGUGUUUAACAAGUCGCAUAAUAAUUUCUCCUGAAUACAAAGUGUUGUGUGGGGAAAAUCCAAUACAACAUAUUACUGAGUACCACUCCAUAUUUUCAAGGAUAGUGGUGACUGCAUCAUGUAAUGGGUAUGCUUCUAAUUGUUAAGGACUGGGGAGUUUUUAAGGAUAAAAAAUUUACGGAAUGGAGCUAAACACAGGAAAAAUCCUAGAGAAACCUGGUUGUCUGCUUUCCACCAGACACUGAGAGAUUCAUUCACCUUUCAGCAGGACAAUGACCUAAAUCACCCAAAUCUACACUGGAGUUGCUUACCAAGAAGACAGUCAAUGUUCCUGAGUGGCUGAGUUACAGUUUUGAGUUAAAUCUACUUGAAAAUAUAUGGCAAGACAUGAAAAUGGUUGUCUAGCAAUGAUCAACAACCAAUUUGACAGAGUUUGAAGAAUUUAGAAAAGAAUAAUGGGCAAAUGUUGCACAAUCCAGGUGUGGAAAGCUCACAGCUGUAAUCGCUGCCAAAGGUGCUUCUACUAAGUAUUGACUCAGGGUUGUGAAUACUUAUGUAAUUGAGAUAUUUCUGUAUUUCAUUUUCAAUCAUUAGAAAAAAAUUCAAAACAUGUUUUCACUUUUUCCAUUAUGGGGUAUUGAGUGUAGAUGGUUGAAAUUGUAAAAAAAAAAAAAAAAAAAUCAAUUUUGUAUUUGGGCUGUAAUACAACAAAGUGGAAUAAGUCAAAGGGUAUGUAUUCUUAAGGCACUCCUUCUUCCAACAGAAAAAACUGUUAUUUUCUGUCUUGCAGGUACAGUAGAUUUCAAGCCAGGUCAUUGGGUGGGCGUUAAGUAUGCCUCUUGGGAAACAUGAUGGCAGGUGAGGGCAACUGGCAUAAUUUUGUGACCUCAUCACAUGGUGUCUGAGAAUGUUCACUGUUAAGAGCUACCUUGCAUCUUGACUUGUCUUUCUGGUAUUAGACCUAUGGAGAGGUGCAGACCUGAUGAGUUUCUCUGUCAUAAAUUUACUUGAUGUCUCCUCUCUCUUUCCUUACAGUGUGAAGGAGAAGCGAUACUUUGAACGUGAGAACAAGUACGGUGCAUUUGUCAGGCCCCUCAGAGUGACCGUGGGGGACUUCCCAGACUACGGUCUGGACGAGAUGUAG